AAAAAGGAGAACCUGGAAUAGUGCCACCUGUUUCAGGAUUACGAGGCCGCCCAGGACCAGCUGGACCUCCAGGCUCACAAGGGCCACGAGGAGAACGAGGACCAAAGGGAAGACCUGGUCCUCGUGGUCCUCAAGGUAUUGAUGGUGAACCCGGUAUCCCUGGUCAGCCUGGUGAUCCUGGUCCUCCAGGGCAUCCUACCCACACAGGACCUGAUGGACUAAGCAGGCCCUUUGCAGCUCAGAUGGCAGGACUGGAUGAGAAAUCCGGACUUGGUAGUCAGAUGGGACUGAUGCCUGGUGCAGUGGGUCCAGUGGGUCCAAGAGGUCCUCAAGGUCUCCAAGGAAAACAAGGUGGCGCUGGCCCUACAGGCCCACCUGGUGAACCUGGGGAUCCAGGACCUAUGGGUCCAGUUGGUUCUCGUGGGCCAGAGGGACCUCCAGGCAAACCUGGGGAAGAUGGUGAACCUGGUAGGCCAGGACAAUCCGGUGAGCCUGGAUUUCCAGGAUCCCCAGGGCCUCGAGGCUUUCCUGGUGCUCCUGGUCUCCCAGGUCUCAAGGGUCACAGGGGAUUGAAGGGACUUGAUGGUCCAAAAGGUGAAAUUGGAGCAGCUGGAGCAAAGGGAGAAGCUGGACCAACAGGUGCCAUGGGUGCAACAGGUCCUCUAGGACCUAGAGGAAUGCCAGGAGAAAGAGGUCGAAUUGGGCCACACGGUGCCCCUGGUGGACGUGGUCAGCAUGGUAUGCCUGGGAAGCCAGGACCAAUGGGCCCACUUGGCAUAACUGGCUCUCCAGGUUUCCCAGGUGCUCCUGGUGUGAAGGGUGAAGCAGGUCCAACAGGUCCUCGUGGUCCUGAAGGCCCUCAAGGACAAAGAGGUGAAACAGGUCCACAGGGCCCAGCUGGAUCACAAGGUCUUCCUGGUGCUGAAGGGACUGAUGGUUCCCCAGGUGCUAAGGGCCCUACUGGAUCUCCAGGCACUGGAGGCCCCCAUGGUUUGUCAGGUCCACCUGGUUCCCCAGGCCCACAAGGCAGCACUGGCCCACCUGGUAUUCGAGGCCAGCCGGGAGACCCUGGUGUCCCAGGCUUCAAGGGAGAAGCAGGACCCAAAGGUGAACCUGGCCCACAAGGUCCCCAGGGUCCUAUUGGACCUAUAGGUGAAGAAGGGAAAAGAGGUCCUCGAGGUGACCCAGGGUCAGUAGGUCCACCAGGUCCUGUUGGAGAGAGGGGUGCUCCUGGGAACCGUGGUUUUCCAGGUUCUGAUGGCUUGCCUGGACCGAAGGGUGCCCAAGGAGAGCGUGGUCCAGCAGGAUCUUCUGGGCCCAAAGGAGGUCAGGGAGAUCCCGGGCGUCCUGGUGAACCUGGUCUCCCAGGGGCAAGGGGUUUGACAGGAAAUCCAGGUGUUCAGGGCCCUGAAGGAAAACUUGGCCCCUUGGGUGGUCCUGGAGAAGAUGGACGUCCAGGUCCAGCAGGUUCAAUAGGAAUCAGAGGCCAGCCAGGCAGCAUGGGCCUUCCUGGGCCGAAGGGUAGCAGUGGCGAUCCUGGAAAACCUGGAGAAGCAGGCAAUGCAGGUGUCCCAGGACAGAGAGGAGCCCCUGGUAAAGAUGGUGAAGUUGGUCCUUCUGGUCCUGUUGGCCCACCAGGUUUAGCAGGAGAAAGAGGAGAACAAGGCCCUCCAGGUCCUACAGGGUUUCAGGGCUUGCCUGGGCCACCAGGUCCUCCAGGCGAGGGAGGAAAGCCAGGUGAUCAGGGUGUGCCAGGAGAUCCUGGAGCUGUUGGUCCACUGGGCCCUAGGGGAGAGCGUGGCAAUCCAGGAGAAAGGGGAGAACCAGGUGCAGCAGGAAUCCAGGGUGAAAAGGGUAUGGCUGGAGGUCAUGGUCCUGAUGGUCCAAAGGGAAGCCCAGGCCCUAGUGGGACUCCUGGUGAUCCAGGGCCACCAGGUCUUCAAGGUAUGCCUGGAGAAAGAGGGAUUGCUGGAACUCCUGGUCCCAAGGGUGACAGAGGCGGUGUAGGUGAGAAAGGCGCUGAAGGCACAGCUGGUAACGACGGCGCAAGAGGUCUCCCUGGUCCAAUAGGCCCAAUGGGUCCUGCAGGUCCCACGGGUGAAAAGGGUGAACCAGGCCCACGAGGUCUGGUUGGUCCUCCUGGCUCCCGUGGAAACCCUGGUUCCCGUGGAGAAAAUGGCCCAACUGGUGCUGUCGGCUUUGCUGGUCCUCCGGGGCCUGAUGGUCAGCCAGGUGUGAAAGGAGAACCUGGAGAACCUGGCCAGAAAGGAGAUGCUGGAUCUCCAGGACCACAGGGUCUUGCUGGAUCUCAUGGUCCACCAGGCCCUCCAGGUGUUCCUGGUCUGAAGGGUGGUAGAGGAACUCAGGGUCCACCUGGUGCUACUGGCUUCCCGGGAUCUGCUGGAAGAGUUGGGCCUCCAGGACCUACUGGAGCUGUGGGGCCUGCUGGGCCUAUUGGUGAGCCAGGAAAAGAAGGUCCCCCAGGUCUGCGUGGUGAUCCUGGCUCUCACGGCCGCGUGGGAGAUCGAGGGCCAGCUGGGCCUCCUGGUGGUCCUGGAGACAAGGGGGAUGCAGGGGACGAUGGGCAGCCGGGCCCAGAUGGCCCCCCUGGUCCAGCAGGAACUACUGGUCAAAGAGGUAUUGUUGGCAUGCCGGGACAGCGAGGGGAAAGAGGCAUGCCGGGGCUGCCAGGUCCUGCAGGGACGCCGGGGAAACAGGGACCCACAGGGCCACCUGGUGAUAAAGGCCCCCCAGGACCUAUUGGCCAGUCAGGUGCCACUGGACCUGUAGGUGAAGCUGGUCCAGAAGGACCUGCUGGCAAUGACGGCACUCCUGGAAGAGACGGAGCUGUUGGAGAACGUGGUGAUCGUGGUGAGCCUGGCCCUGCAGGCUUACCAGGUCCCCCAGGGGGUCCAGGAACUCCAGGUCCUGUUGGCCCUCCAGGAGAUGCAGGUCAAAGAGGUGAAACUGGCUCUCGAGGUCCAAUGGGUCCCCCAGGUCGUACAGGAAAAAGAGGUUUGCCUGGUCCCCAAGGACCUCGUGGAGACAAAGGUGACCACGGUGAUCGAGGUGACAGGGGCCAGAAAGGACACAGAGGUUUCACUGGGCUUCAAGGUCUUCCCGGUCCUCCUGGCCCUAUUGGUGAGCAGGGCAGUCCAGGUAUUCCAGGCCCAUUUGGUCCUCGGGGUCCUCCAGGUCCAGUUGGUCCUUCUGGCAAAGAUGGAAGUCCUGGUCCACUUGGGCCAGUUGGGCCUCCUGGUGUUAGAGGAACUGUAGGAGAAGCUGGACCUGAGGGUCCACCAGGUGAUCCUGGCCCUCCUGGCCCUCCAGGACCUCCAGGCCAUCUCACUGCUGCCAUUGGUGACAUCAUGGGGCACUAUGAUGAUGCUAUGGCAGAUCCACUGCCAGAGUUUACUGAAGACGAGGCAGCCCCAGAUGACCACAAUAAGACAGACCCAGGAGUCCACGCCACACUGAAGUCGCUGAGCAGCCAGAUUGAGACCAUGCGCAGCCCUGAUGGGUCAAAGAAACACCCAGCACGGACGUGUGAUGACCUGAAGCUGUGCCACCCGUCCAAGAGGAGCGGUGAAUAUUGGAUUGAUCCUAACCAGGGGUGCGUUGAGGAUGCUAUAAAAGUUUAUUGCAACAUGGAAACUGGAGAGACCUGCAUUUCUGCAAACCCAUCUACUAUACCACGUAAAACAUGGUGGGCCAGCAGGUCAGCUGACAUAAAGCCUAUUUGGUAUGGCCUUGAUAUGAACAGGGGAUCACAGUUUGUGUAUGGGGAUACAGCUGUCACUCAGAUGACAUUCCUGCGCCUGCUGUCAAAGGAGGCUUCCCAGAACAUCACUUACCUUUGUAAGAACAGUGUUGGGUACAUGGAUGACCAGACGAAGAACCUGAAGAAAGCUGUGGUUCUGAAGGGGGCCAAUGACCUGGAGAUCAAAGCAGAGGGCAACAGCCGCUUCAGAUACACUGUCCUUCAUGACAGCUGCUCUAAACGUAAUGGGAACGUGGGCAAGACUGUGUUUGAGUACAGAACCCAGAACGUGGCACGCUUGCCUAUCAUUGAUAUUGCAGCGGUGGACGUCGGCAGCACCGACCAGGAAUUUGGAGUGGAGAUUGGGCCGGUUUGCUUUGUGUAGGAGGAAGGGGGGGAAAUUAACACACUACCCAGCAGCAGCAGCAAUUAAACCCGUGAACUUAGACUGAUUGAAGUUAAUCCUGAGACUCUUGAAGUAAUGGCUGAUGUUGGAUCAGCACUGUACAUAAUGGUUCUUUUUAAGUGCCCAGCCUCCUUCGGAAUAUUUAUUUUACUUGUACCAACCUUCCGU